AUGUUCCCUGCAUCUGUGCUGCUGGUGCUGCUGGCAGCUGCCUCCUGUGAGUUCCUUUGAGGGAUUAGAUUUGUGUUUGAACACAAAACAGAAGAUUCUAUGUUUUUUUAAAGUAUUACAAUAAUAUAAUCAAACUGUAUAUUUGAUUAGCCUCCCCAGGUGUGUGCGGUAUUGUUGACCCAGAACUCACCCAGCCAAGCUCAAUGGUUGUAAAACCUGGAGAGUCUUUGAGCAUCACCUGUAAGGACUCUGGGUAUUCUAUCAGUGAUGAUAGCUAUACCAUAGACUGGAUGAGAUAUCCUGUAGGUAAAGCUAUGGAAUGGAUCGUUGACUCAGAUGGAAACUCCAAGGAUUCUUUAAAAGCAGGUUAAGCAUCUCCAAAGAUGGUUCCAACAACAUAGUCAUUUUAGAAGGGCAGAGAAGUCAAACUGAAGACACAACUGUCUAUUACUGUGUCAGAUAUAAUUACACACAGUGGUGUGAAGCAAAGCAUGAUCUGUACAAAAACAACAAAAAUGUCUAUUGCAGGAAACCAUCGUUCCCUAAGGACAACACAGUUCAUAUUGUCACAGUCAAAAUGGACACUUCCUGGGAAUGUGAGAUAAACUGUCUAAAAAGCUUUAUACAUAAUGAAUACAUGUAUCUGCAGUCAUAUUCAAACCAUGAAUAACAGACUUGUACAUGUAAGUUCAAAACUGUUUAAUGUUUAUAAGCAGGUUAUAAGCAGGUUUUUCUUAUAAAGUGAUACUAUGUGUUUUCUUCGUUAUUUUAGUGAUAGAAAUAAUGAACAUCCAAAUGCACCAAAGGGGCUGGAGUGCCUAGUAUUAAACAGAAAGGUUAAACCAUUCAUUCAUAAUGAUGCUGACUAAAUAACAACUAUUAAAGGUUAAACCUUUCAUAAUGAUGCUGACUAAAUAACUAUUAAAGGUUAAACCAUUCAUAAUGAUGCUGACUAAAUAACUAUUAAAAGGUUAAACCAUUCAUAAUGAUGAUGACUUAAUGACAAUUAUUUUGAGUGAGUUGAAAAAUAAAAUACAGUACGAUGAACCUUAUUAUAGGACAUUAUAAAGGCUCAGACAUGUUUAGAACAGUUAUAACGCAUUGAACCUGCCAGGAAUUAGGGAAAAUGUUACCUACAACUCUAAAGGUUAAUUAAACCAUGUUAUCUAAAAAUAAAAGACUAAAAAAAAUGUAUGCACUCACUAACUGUAAGUCGCUCGGGAUAAGAGCGUCUGCUAAAUGACUAAAAUGUAAAUGUAAUACUUUACAAAAAAGUAAACUAACUGUUAAAAAUGUUCUGAAGUAUUUGAACAAAUUAUAUAUAUUUGUAUUAUUACCUAUCCACAUACCAUCUGAUUGUGUUGCUAUCCUCAUAGACCAGGUGUGUGGUACUGGUGGGAGGUUUUUGUUAUGGUUUAUACAACGGGUGUGUCUAACCCUGAAUGCUGAUUGGUUAAAACCGCAUUCCAGCCGUGUCUAUUCCACAAGUUACCACCGGCUAAAUCUAUGACGUUAAAAAGCCUAUUUACUCUUUUCCAUCUGACUGCGCAAUCUACUGUCUCAUCAGCCCAGCCAGGCAGUUUAUAAACUUUAUCUCCACUAUAACAAUUCGUUUAGACUAACAUUUAGUUUUCAACAGCGGAGAUUUGUAUAAACCUUGCUGUCUGUCUCUCCGAGAUUUGCAACAUUGUUUAAGUAUUCUAAUUCGAUCACCAGCUGUCCCAUAGUAAUGAAGCUGUGUCGGGAGUUGGGACGAGACAGACAGGCAGGCAGCGUUUAUCAGCCAGUCGAAAUCAUGAAUCAGCUGGCACCACUGUAACCCUAAUGAAACCUCAUCAUAAACAUUUGUUCACAUUUGGGUUUUUUCAUCAGAAAUUAUUACUACCUUCAUAUGUGUGUAAAAUAUUACUGUUCUCAAAUGUUUAAUUCAUAGUUUUUAUAUGUGUAUGAUUUUAUUUUGACAAAACCAUGUGCUGUAUAUCCAUUGUCUAGCUGCAAUGAAAUGUUCAUAGCAUUAUAUUUGACUUUGAUAUGUGGUUGUCUCACCUAGCUAUUUUAAGAUGAAUGCACUAACUAUAAAUCACUCUGGAUAAAAUAAUCUGCUAAAUGACUAAAAUGUCAAAAGUAAAUGUUUUACAUACAGAUCUCAUAUUAAUGUAGUUAUGUACUGCUUAUUUUGCUAAGAGUGAGGCAGAUACAUAGAAUUUUGCAAAAAAACAUGAUUAUUUGUCUCUCUGAAAUAAAGUGAUAGAUUUUGAACAAGUACAUGUCUGUCACUGAACAACCCCAUGCCAUGAUUAAAUAGUCAAAAAACACACUAUUCUCUUUCACAAGUUGUUUAAACAAUAAAAGCUAAUUUAGCAACAUUUCUGAAAAUGUAUAUAUAGCGUUUUGGAAUGAAACUCUUCAAAUAUGUUUUUAGAUACCGGAUGAAAGUCAUUAAUGUAAACUAAAAUCAGUAAUGGAUAAAGGAUAGAUCCUUGAGAAACCCCCAUAAUGUAAUGAUUAUGUUCUGAUUUAGAGCUGUUCAGUGAUGACUAUAACAAUGGAAGUGAUAAUAGUAAUUAUAUACUGUACUGUAAAGAAAUUGACAAUCCAAAGUUGACUACAUUUUGUAUUUCAUUUUGACCGUUCAUAGUGCAGGUCAACACAGUUAAUAACAGUCUUAUCCUUUUAUACCAACUCUAUAUGCAAAGGAGCCUAACACACAACCCCUCUCUCUGAAUAAAAAGUGGACUGUCUGUCUCAGAGUCAGUUGGAGUAGAGAAGAGCUCCCACCAGUUCAGCUUCAGCACAAACCAUGUUCCCUACAUCUCUGCUGCUGCUCCUGCUGGCUGCUGCCUCCUGUGAUUCUCUUGGGAUUUGGGGGAAGGAAUGGGUUGAUGCUCAAUCAAAUAUAUUGAGAAAAAAUAAUUUCAACAAUAGCCUUAACACUCAUACUAAUUACCAUAUUACUAAUUAUGUUUUUUUCCCUUAGAUGUGGUGGUCUUGAACUCAGCCAGCCCAGUUUAAUGGUUGUAAAGCCUGGUGAGUCUCAGAGCAUCAUUAUAUAUAGUCAACACAUCAUACUACAGCCAUUAUAUAUGGUCAACACAUCAUACUAAAGCCAUUAUAUAUAGUCAACACAUCAUACUAAAGCCAUUAUAUAUAAUCAACACAUCAUCCUAAAGCCAUUAUAUAUCGUCAACACAUCAUACUAAAGCCAUUAUAUAUAGUCAACACAUCAUACUAAAGCCAUUAUACAUAGUCAACACAUCAUACUAAAGCCAUUAUAUACAGUCAACACAUCAUACUAAAGCCAUUAUAAAUAGUCAACACAUCAUACUAUAGCAAUUGUGUAUAGUCAACACAUCAUACUAAAGCCAUUCCAGUCAACACAUCAUACUAAAGCCAUUAUAUAUAGUCAACACAUCAUACUAAAGCCAUUAUAUGUAGUCAACAUAUCAUACUAAAGCCAUUAUAUAUAGUCAACACAUCAUACUAAAGCUAUUAUAUAUAGUCAACACAUCAUACUAAAGCCAUUAUAUAUAGUCAACACAUCAUACUAAAGCCAUUAUAUAUGGUGAACACAUCUUACUAAAGCCAUUAUAUAUAGUCAACACAUCAUACUAAAGCCAUUAUAUAUAGUCAACACAUCAUACUAAAGCCAUUAUAUAUAGUCAACACAUCAUACUAAAGCUAUUAUAUAUAGUCAACACAUCAUACUAAAGCCAUUAUAUAUAGUCAACACAUCAUACUAAAGCCAUUAUAUAUGGUGAACACAUCUUACUAAAGCCAUUAUAUAUAGUCAACACAUCAUACUAAAGCCAUUAUAUAUAGUCAACACAUCAUACUAAAGCCAUUAUAUAUAGUCAACACAUCAUACUAAAGCCAUUAUAUAUAGUCAACACAUCAUACUAUAGCAAUUGUGUAUAGUCAACACAUCAUACUAAAGCCAUUCCAGUCAACACAUCAUACUAAAGCCAUUAUAUAUAGUCAACACAUCAUACUAAAGCCAUUAUAUGUAGUCAACAUAUCAUACUAAAGCCAUUAUAUAUAGUCAACACAUCAUACUAAAGCUAUUAUAUAUAGUCAACACAUCAUACUAAAGCCAUUAUAUAUAGUCAACACAUCAUACUAAAGCCAUUAUAUAUGGUGAACACAUCUUACUAAAGCCAUUAUAUAUAGUCAACACAUCAUACUAAAGCCAUUAUAUAUAGUCAACACAUCAUACUAAAGCCAUUAUAUAUGGUCAACACGUCUCAUCAGUAAAAUCUGAACUACAGAGAGUAGAAUAAAGGACAGGGAGAAGAGAAUCAAGGAAUAGAAUAGAAGAUCUCUCCCUGUCAGGAUAUUUAAACCUCUAGAGGGCGGUCUAUGCAAAGUCUCCCUCCCCUUCAUCCCUUUAUAAUCAGACACUGAGCUCUGGCUUCUCAUUAUAGGCAGCUUGGACUGAUAUUACAACAUUACAAGUCCUGUAUUAACUAAUACUGAACAAUGGAGCUUAUGACUGUCUGGAGUUUAGUUCUCAUAGUGAUGUCCAUACACAGUAAGUAAAGCAUUACAUGGUGACUGAAGAAUGUGUGAGUAUCAUGGUAAAACUCAAAAUGUCUGUUAAUACCAGAUCUUCAACUGAACGUCAACAUUUUUGUUUUGCAGGUGUUUUCUGUGAUGAGAUGGAUCAGUCACCUUCUCAGGUGAAAAGACCUGGAGACGCUGUUAAAUUGUCCUGUAAAAUCUCUGGGUUUGAUAUGACAAGCUACUACAUGAGCUGGAUAAGGCAGAAACCAGGCAAAGCUCUGGAGUGGAUUGGGGGUGUUAACUCUGGUUCAACAGAUGAUCCAGACUACUCAGACUCCCUGAAAGGCCAGUUCACCCUGACUGAGGACGUCUCCACAAGCACACAGUUCUUAGAGGCCAAGAGUCUGAGAGCAGAGGACUCUGCUGUUUAUUAUUGUGCUCGAGAGACACACUGAUUGAAGCUUGUGAAGCAGCUGUACAGAAACCCACACCCCACUUAACAACAUGGCUAGCUGGUGUACUACUUCCUCUCUUUGUGUCACACUAGAAUAGUUCUGGGUAUCAUUACUGUAAAUAAUACAACAUCAAUAUCACAAAGCACUACACAAUAAAAGACUCCAGCUUCUUACAUUCAAACUACACAGUCAAAUGAUCUCUUGCCCAGUCUGGUCAAGCUUUCUUCUUGUCACACAAACAGGUAAUUAACAAAGUAUUCAGAACGUAUGAAUCUGUUCUUCAUCUCUGAAUUCUCUAUUUAAUCUCUGUGUGAUCUUCCCACCCUGUGAGGAGGAGUCAAUGCAAAACUCUGACCUCUUCCAUCACUACUUAUCUCACUGCAGAGUGGAGGAGAGGGACUGAAGCUCUGACUAGACUGAGGAACAGAGACACACCAUAACUACUAAUUGUUCAUCAUGACAUUUAAUAUUGUGGUUCUACUGAUGACAAUAGGCUUGACAGGUGAACACUUUUAGAUCGUUUUUAUUUGUAACCGAAUGCUUGCUGAGUUUUUGAGUCCAGGUAGUAUCUCUAAUAGUAUUGUUUUUUCUCCACAAGUGUUCAGGGUCAGACAUUGACUGAGUCUGGACCAGUGGUUAAAAAGCCUGGAGAAUCCCACAAACUGAUGUGUGCAUAUUCUGGGUUUGGUGGAAAUAUUGAUGCAGCUUGGAUCAGACAGCCUCCUGGAAAAGAACUGGAGUGGGUUUCCUAUAUUAGCAGUGGUAGUACUAUCUACUACUCCCAGUCUAUUCAGGGUCGGUGUCUAUUCAGGGUCGGUUCACCAUCUCCAGAGACAAUAACAAGCAGCAGGUGUAUCUCCAGAUGAACAGUCUGAAGACUGAAGACUCUGCUGUUUAUUAUUGUGCCAGAGACACAGUGACACAGGAGGCUGCAGCGCUGUACAAAAACUGAUCAAGCACUUCUCUCACUGUGAGAGUCUGUGAUUCUGAUCUCCAGUCACUGUUAACAUAAAUCCCAAGGCCCCACCAACACUAGGAGAGUAGAUACAUCAUACUCUUAAUUAUAACCAUAAUAUACAUGAUAACUUGAAAAACAUAAAAUAUAUAGGACAUCCUGUCAAGAUAACUGUAUGAGUAUCCUCAUGAAACUUUAACCGAAAACCUUACAGCCAUUCAAAGUGAGUUGACAAUGGCAAAUAACCCCAAACAGGAUCCAUACUAUAUGCAGUCAUUCAGUCAAAUUCAUUAUCAAUCUCUAGAAGCUAAAACAAUUUAAGACUAUUUGGUCAUGUCUUUCAAUUUAGUGAGUUAAUUCAUUUAUUUAUAUGGAACUAUAAGUCAAAUUAGUACAAUAUGUAAUACAGAACCAUGAAGGUUAAUAAUGUUAAAGUAUAGCUGAAACAUGUUUAGAUGGAACACGUAUAGAUGGAACAAGUUGAGAUGGAACAAGUUGAGAUGGAACAAGUAUAGAUGGAACAAGUAUAGAUGGAACAAGUAUAGAUGGAACAAGUUGAGAUGGAACAGGUGUAUUGUAUUAAUCCCAAUAGAUUCUGUAAUCUUGUGCUUUUCUGAAAAACAAUGCUGCCAAUAACAACCCUCAAAGAACAUCUCCAUCUCAGUCUCUGUUUAAACCUCUAGAGGGCAGUCUAUGCAAAGUCUCCCUCCCCUUCAACCCUAUAUAAUCAGACACUCAGCUCUGGCCUUCUCAUUAUAGGCAGCUUGGACUGACAUUACAGCGAGUCCUGCACUAAAUAUCACUGAACAAUGGAACUGAGGAUUGUCUGGAGUUUAGUUGUCAUGGUGAUGUCCAUACACAGUAAGUAAAGCAUUACAUGGUGACUGAAGAAUGUCUGAGUAUCAUGGUUAAACUCUAAAUUUACAUUUACAUUUUAGUCAUUUAGCAGACGCUCUUAUCCAGAGCGACUUACAGUUAGUGAGUGCAUACAUUUUUUAUACUGGUAAAUCAAUGUCAAUAUCAUAUCUUCAACUGAAUGUUGAAACGUUUUUGUUUCGCAGGUGUUUGUUGUGAUAUCAAGCUGGAUCAGUCUCCUCCUCAGGUGAAAAGACCUGAAGACACUGUUAAAUUGUCAUGUAAAAUCUCUGGGUUUGAUAUGACAAGCUACUACAUGAACUGGAUAAGGCAGAAACCAGGCAAAGCUCUGGAGUGGAUUGGGAGAGUUAACUCUGGUUCAACAGAUGCUCCAGUCUACUCAGACUCCCUGAAAGGCCAAUUCACCCUGACUGAGGACGUCUCCACAAGCACACAGUUCUUAGAGGCCAAGAGUCUGAGAGCAGAGGACUCUGCUGUUUAUUAUUGUGCUCGACAGACACACUCACUGGAGCUGGUGAAGCAGCUGUACAGAAACCCCCUAACAACACGGCUAGGUGGUGUACUACUUCCUCUCUUUGUGUCACACUAGAAUAAUACUGAGUAUCAUUACUGUAAAUAAUACAACAACAAUAUCACAAAGCACUACGCUAUAAAAGAGAUCAGCCUCUAACAUUCCAACUAUAUCUUGCCCAGUCUAGUCAAGCGUUCUUGUUGACACAUGAACAAGUAUUUAAAGGCCCUGUGCUGUCAAAACUGUGAUUUUUCCAUAUUUUAUAUAUAUUUCCACACUGCAAGGUUGAAAUAAUACGUUGAAAUUGUGAAAAUUAUGAUAUUGCCAUGUUAGUUUAAGAGCUUUUUGAAAAGACUGCCUGAAAUUUCAGCCUGUUUUGGAGGGAGGGAGUGUUGUUCUUCCAUGAUGACAUCACCAUACAGUAAAUUCAUUAAUAUACCAAUAAGAAGAAGAGUUCCAAACCUCUCUGCCAAUAACAGCACAUUUUUCAUUUUACCCUCCCCCCUCAGACCACACCCAGACAGUCCUAGCAAAAUUCUUACUUGAGAAAUUGCUCUUUGCUAUAAAGCUAUUUUUAUUUUAUUUAUUAUUUAACAAACUAUUCAGGCCACAUGAACCUGUUCCCCAUUCCAGACUUCUCUAGUUAAUCUUUGUGUGAUCAUCCCACCCAGUGAGGAGGAGUCAAUGCAAAACUCUGAGCUCUUCCAUCACUACUUAUCUCACUGCAGAAUGGAGGAGAGGAACUGAAGCUCUGACUAGACUGAGGAACAGAGACACACCAUAACUACUAAUAGUUCAUCAUGACGUUUAGUAUUGUGGUUCUACUGAUGACAAUAGGCUUGACAGGUGAACACUAUUAGACCGUUUUUAUUUGAAACAGAAUAAUCACAGAUGUUUUCAGUUCAGGAAAUAUCUCAAAUGUUACUUUGUUUCCACAGGUGUUCAGAGUCAGACAUUGACUGAGUCUGGACCAGUGGUUAAAAAGCCUGAAGAAUCACACAAACUGACCUGUACAGCCUCUGGGUUCACUUUCAGUAGCUACUGGAUGGCUUGGAUCAGACAGGCUCCUGGGAAAGGACUGGAAUGGAUUGCAAUAAUAAGAUAUGAUAGUGGUGAAAUCUACUACUCCCAGUCAGUUCAGGGUCGUUUCACCAUCUCCAGAGACAAUAGCAAGCAGCAGGUGUAUCUCCAGAUGAACAGCCUGAAGACAGAAGACUCUGCUGUUUAUUAUUGUGCCAGAGACACAGUGACACAGUGUGCUGCAGCACAAUACAAAAACUGAUCUCACCCAUCUACACACAAUAUCCCAUAAAGACAAAGUGAAAACAUGUUUUAGACAAUAUUUGAAAUGUAUUGAUAAUGAAAUACAGAAAUAUCUAAUUUACAUAAGUAUUCACACCCCUGAGUCAAUACUUUGUACAAUCACCUCUGGCGGCGAUUACAGCUGUAAGUCUUUUUGGGUAAGUCUCUAAGAGCUUUUCACACCUGUAUUGUACAUUAUUUUCCCAUUAUUCUUUAAAAAAGUAUUCAAGCUCUGUCAAGUUGAUUGUUUAUCAUUGCUUGACAGCCAUUUUCAAGUCUUGCCAUAGAUUUCCAAGCCGAUUAAGUCAAAACUGUAACGAGGCCACUCAGCAACAUUCAAUGUCAUCUUGGUAAACAACUCCAGUGUAUAUUUUACCUUGUGUUUUAGGUUAUUGUCUUGCUGAAAGGUGUAUUUGUCACCCAGUAUCUGGUGGAAAGUAGACUGAAUCACAUUUUCCUCUAGGAUUUUGCCAGUGCUUACAGCUGUAUUCUGUUUAUUUUUAUCCCAAAAAACUCCCUAGUCCUUGCCGAUGACAAGCAUACAGUUAACAUGAUGCAUCCACCACCACUCUUGAAAAUAUGAAGAGUGGCACUUAGUGAUGUGUUGUGUUGGAUAUGCCCCAAACAACGCUUUGUACUCAGGACAAAAAGUUAAUUUCUUUGCCACAUUUUUUGCAGUGUUAAUUAAGUGCCUUGUUCCAAACAGGAUGCAUGUUUUGGAAUAUUUUUAUUCUGUUCAGGCUUCCUUUUUUUUACACUGUCAUUUAGAUUAGUAUUGUGAAGUAACUACAAUGUUGCUGAUCCAUCCUCAGUUUUCUCAUACUGUAUCACAACCAUUAAACUCUGUAACUGUUUUAAAAUCACCAUUGGCCUCAUGGUGAAAACCCUGAGCAGUUUCCUUCGUCUCCGGCAACUGAGUUAGGAAGCACGCCUGUAUCUUUGUAGUGACUGGGUGUAUUGAUACAUAAUCUAAAACCUAAUUAAUAGCUUCAUAUGCUCAGAGGGAUAUUCAGCAUCUGCUUUAUUUUUAUUUAUUUUCACGUUUACCAAUGGGUGCCCUUUUUUGCGAGGCAUUGAAAAACCUCCCUGGUCUUUGUACUUGAAUCUGUGCUUGAAAUUCACUACUCGAUUGAGGGACCUUACAGAUAAUUGAAUGUGUGGGGUACAGAGAUGGGGUAGUUAUUCAGAAAUCAUGUUAACCACUAUUAUUGAACAUGGAAUGAGUCGGUGCAACUUAUUAUGCGAUUUGUUAAGCACAUGUUGACUCCUGAACUUAUUUAGGCUUGCCAUAACAAAGGGAUUGAAUACUUAUUGACUCAUGACAUUUCAGCUUUAAAUUUAGACCAUGUCCCAAGACCAUCUCCCUCAGUCACGACAUCCCCUUCCAGUCUCAUCCUUUGAUUCCAGAAUUGUAGAUCUUCUACACAAUGAGAGUUCUAGAAUGUGUGUUCCUUCUGUCUCUCAUCUCAGGUGAGUUAACUGGAUGUAUUUAUGUCUAGUGUAGGAGAGAGGAGAGGAGCUGUGCUACUUGGUUGGAGGGUAACAAUCAUCUAAACUCUGUCUGUUUUUCAGCUUUUCAGGGGCAGUUACUCACCUCCUCUGAGCCAGUGGUGAAGAGACCUGGAGAAUCAGUAACACUGUCCUGUACUGUGUCUGGAAUCUCCAUGGGUAGCUACUGGAUGCACUGGAUCCAUCAGAAACCAUGGAAAGGACUUGAGUGAAAUGGGCCAUUUGAUGUGAGCACUGGCACUAUAUUUGCCCAGUCUCUCCAGGGCCAGUUCAUCAUCACCAAAUACAGCUCCAAAAACCAGCUGUACUUAGAGGCGAAAAGCCUGAACCACCGUACAAAAACGGAGUAA